GCUGUAAUUCUUCCAAUAUGUCUGGACGCGGUAAGCAGGGAGGUAAGGCUCGCGCUAAAGCUAAGACCCGGUCUUCUCGCGCGGGUCUGCAGUUCCCCGUGGGUCGAGUGCACCGUCUUCUCCGCAAAGGCAACUAUUCGGAGCGGGUCGGGGCCGGCGCCCCGGUGUACAUGGCGGCGGUGCUGGAGUACCUGACCGCAGAGAUCCUGGAGCUGGCGGGCAACGCUGCUCGCGACAACAAGAAGACCCGCAUUGUCCCGCGCCACCUCCAGCUGGCCAUCCGUAACGACGAGGAGCUCAACAAGCUACUGGGCAAGGUCACCAUCGCGCAGGGCGGUGUCCUGCCCAACAUCCAGGCGGUGCUACUGCCCAAGAAGACUGAGAGCCACCACAAGGCCAAGGGCAAGUAGGGUCGAAUUUGUAGGAACUGAAAGCUGUCUAAUAAAACAAAGGCUCUUCUCAGAGCCACCCACCGUUUCUGCGGAAGAACUGAGCACUAUAAAAUCUAUCACGAAGACCUGAAUUUUAAGCACAUGAAAUACAGCAUCUAUUAAUUCC